CAGUGUCUGGAGUGUCUCAAGAGGAUUUUAUAGAAAGCAAGGUUUUAGAAUGAGAGGAGGAUUUUAUAGAAGUAUGCCGCGAUUGAGGGCGUCGGGCUCCUCGAUUAUGAACUCUAUCGCAGCAUCUCAGCUCAGAAGAAAAGCUAUGGAUUCAAUGUCUUCUGCUCAGGUCACUUAUUCUACCAUAAAGGAUUUAUUUGAGAGGCAUAAAGUGGUAUUUACAGUCUCCACUUCCAUUGCAUCAGUUGUUACAGCUUGGGCAGGUUAUUCUUUACGCCAGCUGCAUCAGUCGAGAGUCGAGCAAAAGCUUGAAUCAAUUGAGAAAGCUAUGAAAUACAAUUAUCAGAUGGAAGAUCCCGAGUUGAGGAAACUAGUCUCAGGAUCUGUUAGUUUGCCCGCUUGUCUUGCAACUGCUGGAACUGGUUUGAUUAUAGGGUUAGGUUUGGGUUGGCGAGGUGGAGUGAGGUAUGCAAACCGGAGGUUCCAGAGGGAACAGAUGAAGCUGCUCGGGCAGCUGAAGCCAGGAAGAUGGCCGUUGAAGUUAUUCAAAAGGCCAAUUUUGAGACGAAGACUUCAAGAAAAUGCUGAUAAGAUGUCAGAGCCUGUAGAGAAGGAUGCAUUAGCUCAACAUUCUAACUGAUCAAAGCCGAACAGCUGAAGCCCUUUUUUCUAUUUACCUAUGUUAUUUGUAAAAAAUCCUAUGAGAAUUUUGCCCUUCAAUAGUAAAUCAUAAUAUAUCAAUUUUGCUCUUCAUUUUUUUGUAAUUUAACUUUAUUAUCCUUCAACUUUCUUGUGUUUAAAAUAUACGGAUUACUACAUAUGAAAAAAAUUAACUAGUAAUAAUUUGUCGUCUAUGUGCAUCAGUAUUGAGAAUUGAGGUCCUUA